CAGGCUGGCUGGAGGGCCGGCAGAACUGGGUGAUCUCGGAUCGCUCUGGGCCAGGCGGUCUUGGGGUCCCAGGGCAGCAGCUGGAGAGCCGGGGCGGGCCGUCGGGGGAUCCACCCACCGACUGUCUGUCAAACAGCAGCCUCCCACAGCUCUCACUUCUCCAGCCAUGGAGGCCGAGCCUCCGCUGUACCCGGUGGCUGGAGCCGCCGGCCUCUUGGCCGAACAGCCCAGAGCUGGAGUUCCCGACGGGGGCCUCCCGGACGGGCCUGAGCUGGAUGAGUUUGUGGGGGCCUAUCCAGACUACAACGAGGAGGAGGAAGAGCGCAGAUAUUACCGCAGAAAAAAGCUGGGCGUGAUCAAGAAUGUGGUGAUUGCCAGCAUUGGGGGGAUGCUCACCUACAGUGUCUACUUGGGUCUCCUACAGAUGCAAAUGAUUCUCCACUAUGACGAGACCUACCGAGAGGUGAAAUACGGCAGCAUGGGACUCCCUGACAUCGACAGCAAGAUGCUGAUGGGCAUCAACGUGACCCCUGUGGUGGCCCUGCUCUACACACCCGUGCUCAUCAGGUUCUUUGGCACCAAGUGGGUGAUGUUCCUGGCCGUGGGUAUCUAUGCCCUCUUUGUCUCCACCAACUACUGGGAGCGAUACUACACACUUGUGCCCUCUGCAGUUGCCCUGGGAGUGGCCAUUGUGCCCCUCUGGGCCUCCAUGGGGAACUACAUCACCCGGAUGUCGCAGAAAUACUAUGAGUAUGUGAAUUACAAGGAGGAGCACGUGCAGGAGCAGAGGCGUCCCCCGAGGGGGGCCCAUACCCCCUAUCUUGUCAUCUUCCACACCAUCUUCUAUGGUUUCUUUCAUCUCAGUUUUGCCUGUGCCCAGGGGCCCAUGGUCUUCUUCCUCAAUGGGUACUUGUAUGAUCGGAACCACACCCUCUAUAAUGUGCAUAACUGUGGCACCAACAGCCAUGGGAUCCUCAUUGGCUUCAACAAGACUGUGCUUCAGAGACUGCCCCACAGCCAAAACCUCAUUGUGGUUGAGAGCGUGCUCAUGUCGGUGGCCUUUCUGGCCAUGCUGCUGAUCCUGGCCCUGUGUGGCUCUGCCUACCGGCCCACAGAGGAGAUCGACCUUCGCAGCGUGGGCUGGGGAAACAUCUUCCAGCUCCCCUUCAAGCACAUGCGUGACUACAGACUUCGCCACCUCUUCCCCUUCUUCAUCUACAGCGGUUUCGAAGUGCUCUUUGUCUGCACUGGCUUCACUCUGGGCUACGGUGUGUGCUCCAUGGGGCUGGAAUACCUGGCUCCCAUCCUCGCGGCCUACGGCUUUGGUGCCGCGGUCUUCUCUAGCCUUGGGCUCCUUCAGCUCUGUCUGCCCCGACAGACGCCCCUGGUGGCCGGGGCUACCGUACACCUGCUGCUCAUUGUGGCCUUCUUCUUCUGGGCCCCUCACCCCCAGCUCCUCAGUCACAGCUGGGUCUUCUACCUGGUGGCUGUGCUCUGGGGUGUGGGCAGUGCCCUCAACAAGAUUGCAAUAAGUACCCUCCUUGGGAUCCUCUAUGAAGAUAAAGAGCGCCAGGACUUCAUUUUCACCAUCUAUCACUGGUGUCAGGCCCUCGCCAUCUUUGCCGUCUACCUAGGCUCCAACCUGCCCAUGAAGGCCAAGCUGGCCAUCUUGAUGCUGACUGUCCUGGUGUCCGUGAUCUCCUACUUGUGGAUGGAGGCCAAGCUCAAGCAGCGAGUAGCCUACCGCCUGCCUCGAAUUCCCCGGCCUCAGCACAAGGUGUGCGGCUACCGUUACCUGGAAGAUGACAACUCCGAUGAGACAGACUCGGAAAAUGAGCAGGGUUCAGCCCAUAGCCAUGAUGGCUCAGACAAUGAGGAUGGCAAUGGGGAGGCCCCAGGAGCAGGGGCACUGGGCCCUGGCAGAAGGCGCUACCCUUAUGAGCAGGCCUUGGAUGGGGAGGAUGGGCCUGGGCAGGAGUAGCUGCCAUCAGACUCUUCCUGAGACUUUGCUCCCUCUGCCCCAUACUCCCUUAAACGCUGCCCCACCCCUGCCCCCGGCCCUCCUCAGGCGUCCAGAGCAGCACCAGGCUGCAGGCUUCCAGCUGGAUUCAACCAUUUCAAGUCCUUGGCACAUCUGAAGUAAGCCCUCUCUUCCUUGGACUCACUUGGCCUGUCUCUGAAAUGGGUAGUCUCUCAGAGGAACCUCUGAUAUCUGUCCAAGUUGUCAGGAUCUUAGUGCAGUUCAGCAAAACCACCCCAACCAGACUCCCAAUUAACCAACAACUCCAAUUAACUGAAUUCAUUUUGGGGAGAGAAGUUCAGCAAGAGGAAGAACAGAUCAGUGGCCAGAAGAGGAGGAACUUCCUGGCUGUGGCCUGAGCUUGAUCCAAAUAGUUCAAGCUCCUGCUUCUCUUGCUCCAGCCACAUCCCUGGAGUGUGAUUGCCAAUGUUCACAGUGACAGUCUGAACUGAGCCAAUUCUGACUUAGACAAGGACAGGGACUUGAGGCCUCCUACAUUGAUAUUGGGCUCAUGGAGGCUGGGGGAGUGGCCCUCGUUCCCCCAGCUUUCCCAUCUGGGACAUUAGAGUGACUUCUCUGUCCCUCUUCUCCAGCCUUUGAGAUUCCCCGGACAGGAGACGGGCUUCACCUAUAGCAAUCUGGUAUCUGCUUUUUAAGAAUCACUAUUUUUUAAAUCACUGCCUUAUGUCUACGUUA